AUGUCCUUCGCCAACCCUCGUCGAAGGGCUCCGGUGAGUCGUUCCGGAAGGGACAACGAGAGCGGCCUGGCACUUAAAUCAACUAUGACCCUCCGUAAGGGUGCCACCUUUCAUUCACCCACUUCUCCAGUCUCUUCAAACUUGGACGACACCUUUGUUCCACCUCAACUAUCUCGGUCCCAAACUCAUCUGGACGACGUCGUCGACGCCAAUCGUCGACGCAUUGCUCUCACCCUAAGCGACAUCGACGAGGCUCUCGCAAAGACCGAGAACCUUUCUCUGUCGCCUAACCCCAAGAAGAAGACCCUUCGUGAUACCAGUCUUCCUGUUCCUCGCGGCUUCCUCGACCCUCCUCUCGUUGACCCAGCCAUGGCACACCCCGAGCCUGAGCGCCGGGUCUUGCGCCCUCGCUCAGUGCAUCGAUCAAAGCAGCAAGCUUCGGACAGCGGUCUCGGUUCUUCUAUUGCCUCUACCAACGAGAAGUGCGAGGCCGCUCAAACGGCUGACAAGAAGGACACCAAGACACUGAAGACAGCAUCAGCCCUUACUGGCUCCGGUGCGUCUUCUACCAAAGGGUUUCUGCCCGCAUUAAGCCAGAAAGCCUUGAACCGCAUUCAGGAACACACUCUUCACCCACUUCUUCAGAAACAAGCGCUCAAGGAUUUUGAGCCUAUCGUGCUCGAUGUACCUCGAAAAAUUCGGUCCAAGGAGAUUAUUUGCCUUCGAGAUCUUGAAAAAACCCUGAUUUUUAUGGCACCGGAGACGGCCAAGUCCCCCGCCUUGUAUCUCGAUUUCUGCCUCACCUCGAUUCGAUGCAUUCAAGCAACUGUCGAAUAUCUCACGGACCGCGAGCAAAUUCGACCUGGAGACCGCCCUUACACUAACGGAUACUUCAUCGACUUAAAGGAACAAAUCUACCAGUACGGUAAACAACUCGCCGCCGCCAGAGAGAAAGGCGGUUCUGACGACAACAUGGAUGUGGACAAGGAGGAUGAGAUCAGACUCUACGGCGGUAUAGCCGAGAAUGGCCGCCCCGCCGAACUCAUUCGGGUGAGAAAGGACGGAUCUGCCAUUUCUAUGGCCACCGGAAAACCAGUAGAUCUUAGUGAAGCCCCCGUCACUUUCAAGCGCUCGCUCUCUGAGCAGCGUGAGGACGAGGAGGAGAUUAUGCGCUCCAUGGCUCGCAGAAAGAAGAAUGCCACAGCUGAGGAGCUGGCUCCCAAGAAGUGCCGUGAGCCAGGUUGCAACAAGGAGUUCAAGCGACCCUGCGACCUGACCAAGCACGAGAAGACACAUUCCCGACCAUGGAAAUGCCCUAUCCCAACUUGCAAGUAUCACGAGUUUGGCUGGCCCACUGAGAAGGAGAUGGACCGCCAUGUCAAUGACAAGCACUCUGAUGCGCCUGCCAUGUUUGAGUGCUUAUUCAAGCCUUGUCCAUACAAGUCAAAGCGUGAAUCAAACUGCAAGCAGCACAUGGAGAAGGCGCACGGCUGGACCUACGUUCGAACCAAAACCAACGGUAAGAAGCCUUCUAGCAACCCAGCCAGCUCUGUUCAGCAGACUCCUCCUCUUGGCAGUGUGUCCACACCGUCCAGCACUCCCACUUACAGCGUCCCUACUCCUCCCCAGGAUCAGGAUGCCAUGACUUUCCCUACCUACCAGUCAGAUGGCGAUUGGUUGGCUGCCUAUGGUAUCCAGCCGGAAGCUUUGGAUGGUAUGGACUUGACACUGGAGCACACCUCUCCAUCUUCUGCCACCUCUUAUGAGCAGUACCCUCCAUACCAGAACGGAUCUACCUUCAUCCUCAAUGAUGAGGAUAUCUACGCUGCGCCCGUGCAGCUUCCUGCGCAGUUGCAGGGGCUAGAUCAGCUAUAUAACAAGAUUCUACCUCAGCAGCUGCCCGUUUACCGUGCUCCUCAACACUGUCCGCCUCCACAGCUGCAGGUCCCGCCUCAUUUCUCGCCCUCUGGACAAGAGAAUGCGAUGCUCUUCACCCCGAACUCACUCCGCGAGGUUGACGAGGGCUUCGAUGAGGUGUUCACUGGAGACGGCCCGGAUUUCCAACUUUUUCCUGCCACUUCGACUGACAAGGGCAGCAACUUCCAGCAGCCCUUGUUUGCUGAGAUUCCCAGCGCAAACCUUGGGUUCUCCCAGGCCUCACAGCCGGACUUGUUCAACCAGGCGGAUUGGACAAACUUGGACCUCCAACCUUUUCGGGAUUAA